CCUCAGAUUAGCUCUCCUGCUGUCCUCAGAAGGAACCUCGUUUGCGUGCUAUCGAUCGAUCUUUCAACCUCUCAACAGGCUACAAGCGGGCUCCUCAACUCGACUUUGGCUUUAAUGCCCCACAGGGACAUCAUCACUGGACCCAUCUCUACCCGUCUGUAAAACAGGCUCUUGAAAAGAAAAGACAACGCACCCAUAGCGGCACCGACCCACAAACCAGCAGGCCUCAACGACAAAGACCUCGCUUCCCCGCUCACAAUGCCCAGGGGGGCAAAGGCGCUCGGAUUGAAAACUACAUUCAAAUGUCAUAAGCGAACAACGUCCUCCAAGCUGUUUAGGCAAGGCAGCACGGUGCUUCAACUCUUUUACUCUGUCCUCAGUGCGCGGCGGGAAAGGUUGAGGCUGCGGCUUGUGGUGAAGGUGAACCCAAUAGCUUGACGAAACCACCCAUGACCCAUCGCGGUGCUAUGAUGGAAUAGGUGAUGUGGCUGCAUCUAGUAUGAUGGCGCACUCCCUCCGCUUUCCGUUCUUGACUGUCAUGCAGUGAGACACCGAGGGGGAUUAGUCCUCAGCAUCGCCUUGUGACGAAGGUUUGUCGUUCAUUGGGAU